UGCCUUGGGAGCCCGUGUGAACCGGGAGCUGCGUCACACGGUGAGGUCGCCAUCUUGUGAUCGGAGAGAUGGGGCAGUGCGGGGUGAUCUCCUCCAAGACCGUCCUGGUCUUCCUGAACCUUAUUUUCUGGGCUGCCGCAGGUAUCUUGUGCUAUGUCGGAGCCUAUGUCUUCAUUACAUACGACGAUUAUGAGCACUUUUUUGAAGACGUUUACACCUUGAUUCCAGGCGUAAUAAUUAUUGCAGUGGGUGCUCUGCUGUUCAUCAUUGGCCUUAUUGGUUGUUGUGCCACAAUCCGGGAAAGUCGCUGUGGUCUUGCAACGUUUGUAAUUAUCUUGUUGUUGGUGUUUAUCACUGAAGUUGUGGUGGUGGUCCUUGGAUACAUCUACAGAGCCAAGGUUGAAGAUGAAGUUGAUAGAAGCAUUACAAAUGUAUUCAACCAGUACAAUGGUGUUUCCCCUGACUCAGCAAGCCGGGCUAUUGAUUACGUCCAGAAGCAGCUUCACUGUUGCGGCAUCCACAACUAUUCGGACUGGGAGAAGACGCCAUGGUAUAUCAACACACAUAAUAACAGUGUGCCAUUAAGUUGCUGCAGAGACAACGUGGUAAACUGUACAGGGAGUCUAACCAGGCCCUUAGAUCUGUACUCUGAGGGCUGUGAAGCUUUAGUUGUGGAAAAGUUGCAGGAAAUUAUGAUGUAUGUUAUAUGGGCUGCUUUAGCAUUUGCUGCGAUACAGCUCCUGGGGAUGCUGUGUGCAUGUAUUGUCCUCUGCAGAAGAACCCGUGAUCCUGCCUAUGAACUCCUCAUCACUGGUGGCACCUAUGCGUAAAAGGAAUUGAAUUUGCUCUUUGUGCUUUGGAUCCUUCAGCCCUUGUUCCCAAGGAGGUCGCAUCAGGAUAGGACUCUCCUUUUACUGAAGUAGUUUCUACACUGCUGAUUCUCAGUUAAGAUCUUACAGUGUAUAUAAAGAAUUGGGGGGGGGGAGAUUUCCUAGUGGGUCACUACUGCCCUUCUGGACUGUUCUCUACCCUCAGCUUGUCACUUUAAUAGGUUUUAAUUUUUUUUGUGCUGAUUUGUAGGUUUUACCAUUAGCGACUGGUGUUUUUUUGCUAUAGGGUUAUUAGUCAGUUAAAGCAGCAUUGUGAUGAAUCCAUGCUCUGAACGCGGCUUCCUGAGCGCAAGCUGCUUUUGUGUGGCAUCAUGACUUUCUCCCUUUUUAAAUUGUCAAGGUCAUAAUAUCUAGAUGUGUUUUUUUAUUCACUAUAUCUUUUGCUGCUGCUUGGAAACGGCCUCAUACAGCAAGCUAGCCCAGUAUUUUCUAAGCUCCCAAUGUCAUUAUCUACGUUUUCUGAGGUAUGUUUGGUUAUGGUAUAUAAGGCUCUUGGAAAAUGGAGCUCUGUCUACUUUCUACCUAAUUUUAUACCUUCAGUUGUCAGUCUCAGGAUAAAUAAGAUUAAGAUAUGAUUAAGGCCUAAUCCUUGUAAUGCAUUAAAUGAAAACAUCUUAGUUUUCCUUGAAUGAUUUGUCUUGAUAAAAGCCCUCCAAGUAUCACUGGUGGCACCCAAAAAGCCAAUGGUAUCUAGUUCUGCUAAUAAACAAAUACCACGCAUGUGCACCUCCACCAACAACUAUCAGCAUUAAUUAUCUUUUUCGUGAUAUCUGUUUCUAUCUCUUCUCCAAAGGUGUAAAGCAUUAGUAUGUCUGAAUUGUUAAUUUAUAACGUGUGACGUAAACCCCACUUUUAUUAGCCUUUUAAUGGUUUUGGAUUGUGUACAGAAUAUAGUUUUACAAUGAAACUACUGUUACAAUCUCAUGGGAGACUAAAUCGCUCUGCAUCACUGCAAAUUUGGAAAGUGACUUACCUCAAGCAAACACUGCCAUAUGAUACAACACUACAUUCAGGAGGGACCCAGUCUGCCUCCACUGCCCACACUUGGUUGGCAAUUUGCUUGAAAGAGAAUUAAAAUGGGAAAGUUAAAGGACUUUUUUAAAGUUAAUAUUGUACAGUUCAUUAUGUAGAAACUUAUUUUUUUCCCUUGAUUGGUGUGUAAAUUGAACCAUUAGUGGCUUAACAGUCCCUCUUGAUUAAUAAUGUCUGCAUUUAGAACAACAAAUACUUCUGUGACUGGAACUGACUGUAAAUAGUGACUGAUUCAAUAAAAACUCUUCACUCACCGCA